AUAAGACAACAUCUCUGGGUAACCAAAUUCAGGAAUGUUCUGAUGUCAGCAAAAAUCUGGAGUGUUUACCGCCUUCAGAUGGUGCAGUUUUUGUUUAUGAUGAACUUAGAAAGCGAGGUAUUAAACUGCAGCCUACUGAACUAGAGCCCGAUGUGGUGGCACAUACAGCUGCAGGUAACAUGUUAUGGUAUACUUGUGAUGUGAUGCAAGAAUUCAUUGGGGAUGUUUUGAGUGAAGCGGCAGCAGUUAGGUCUUCACAAUCUCCUCACAGUUCAUUUGUUGAGAUCACCAGAAGGGAUGUACAUAAAGCCAUGACCCAGUUACCAGAAGCUGCCUUCGCCUGCAACCAGUACUUGGGCAAAGGUGAUGAUGGCAGUGACAAAAGUGGAAGAUAG